UCCUGGUUGAACUUCCUGCGCAAAUAAUCUUGAAGCCGCCGCCGAGGCAGAUCUCUGGAGAGGCUGCCUGUCGUGUGUUGUUGCGCAAGGACGAAUGGAUACACGACGCAGCUCGCUCGCGUGCUGGCUGUGAAUUCGAGAACGAGCGAGUUUUAACGCGUUAAACAAACACCCACCUGGCCGGCGGCUCGCGAGCGCGGAGGCUGCUGGAUAGGAGAUUCCCGACCUUUGAUAGCGAGGCGGUGCGGACCGAGAAAGGACUGGUGGGAUGGAGAUGGUGGUGGAGUUCGAGUACGAGGCGCUACAUGAAGAUGAGCUCACGCUGCGUCUGGGUGACAUCAUCAAGAAUGUGCGACAGAUCGAGGAAGAGGGAUGGCUGGAGGGAGACCUCAAUGGCAAGAGAGGCCUCUUCCCGGACAACUUUGUCAAGGAGGUCAAGAAGGAAGCCAAAGAGGCCAAGGAAACAAAGAAUGAGGUGAAAGAGGAGUCUGUUCAGGCCCAGAGGAGGGAACGGAGUGCGGGAAAUGUGGCUAACCUGGUCCAGAGGAUGAGCCACUACGGCAUCCCAGCCGGUGCCUUCCAGCCCCAUGCACAGCCGCCAACGCCCAGGAAGAAGCCCAAGAAGCGUCAGUGCAAGGUCUUGUUUGAGUAUGCACCACAGAACGAGGACGAGCUGGAGCUUAAAAUCGGAGACAUUGUAGACAUCAACGAAGAGGUUGAGGAGGGCUGGUGGAGCGGUACGAUGAAUGGCAAGUCGGGACUCUUCCCUUCCAAUUUUGUGAAAGAGGUGGAUACGACGGGAGAAGACGGAGAGUCCAAUGACUCCACAGCAGAUGAGACAGACGGAAGUGGUAGGGAAGCAGCUGUCACCCCCACCUCCCCUCACACUUCCCCGGGGAACGGGGUCAUUGCGCAGCCCAAAAAGAUCCGGGGGGUCGGCUUCGGAGACAUAUUCAGGGAAGGUUCGGUCAAGCUAAAGGUCCGACUGCCCAGCCCCGAGACCGAGGACAGGAAGGACAAGCCAAUCCCAUCAUUACCAUCCGCUCCAAAGCCCGCCCAUUCCAACACGACAGACUCCCAGAAAGCAGACGGUGACAGCAAAACGAAAGCGAAAGAAUACUGUAAAGUCAACUUUGCAUUUGAGGCCACAAACGAGGACGAGCUGUCUCUUAAGGAAGGUGACAUCAUCCAGAUACUGAGCAAGGACACGGGGGAGCCUGGCUGGUGGCAAGGGGAAGUCAGCGGCAAAGAGGGCGUCUUCCCAGACAACUUCGUAGUCAUGAUUUCUGAGACGGAGAGAGAGGCUCUUGCAUCAAGAGGGUCGGUGAAAUCAUCCCCUAAGCCAGAGGCGGAGGAGAGACCGAAGAAACCACCGCCUCCAUCAAAAAACAUAGCCCCCAAGCCGGAGGUUCCCAGUGCGGACAAGAAACCUCUCCCUGCCAGGCCCGAGGACAAAGUUGACAAACCCGUACCAGAUCAAAAACCAUCCAAGCCUGCAGCCCCUGUGGUCCCUCCCAAGAAACCUGUUCCUCCACCUGGCAAGGGACGACCGGGAAGCAUCCCUCCAAAGAGGCCUGACAAGCCUCUCACCCCCUCGCCAAGUCUCGUCAAACACAAUGGAGAGGUGCCCUCCUUGCGACCAAAGUCUGACUUUGAGCCCUCGGUACCUACGAAACCCAAAACACUGUCCGGGGACUGGGGAGAGAAGGCGCCAGACAUGGAUCUGAUGAGUUUUGAUGAUCUAUCGUCAUCUUCUGAGAAGCUGUCUCACCCAACAGCAAACAGACCAAAGAUGCCCGGCAGGAGGCUGCCUGCCCAGUUUGGUGGACACUCACCAAACAAGGAUAUCAGUGUGGAGAAGUCUUUCAGGGUUGAGGAAGAGGAUGGACUCAAACCAAAGGUGACCGAGAGCAGAAAGCCUUCCACAAACCCCAUCACCCAGUCAGCAUCAUUGCUCAAGCCAAACGUGGUCAGCUCAGAGCCCAAGCCCAGCCCUGCGGCAUCGGCCUCCACGUCCAGCCUCAGCACAGAGGCCCUUGCCCCCCCGGGCAGCAGGGCCAGGCUAGAGCCCGAGGAGCAGGGGGCCCAGCUGGACGAGCUGAGGACCCAGAUAAAGGAGCUUGUGCUGUCUGUGGAGCUUCUCAAGACGCAGCAAACGAGAGAGAUGGCAGAGCUCAGGGGUGAGCUUGAUGAAGAAAGGUUGAAGCGAGUGGCCCUACAGAUGGAGGUAGAGAAACUAAGGCGGGCUGUCCAGUCAACGUGAAGCCUGUGCUCCAAUCAACAUCAAGCCUCAAGAUCACCUGCUGGCCUAUCGACCCACCAGCAAGCUGGAGGACGGAGGGAAGAUGGAAGGCGGGGCAAAUGGGCGAACCACCUUUCGCCUUUUUUUUUUUCCAAGUGAUCUAAAGAAAUAACCUUUUUCCACAAGUUUGUAAAAUUUACAUAUUUGCACAUAUUACUUUUUUUUCUAGCUAAAUGUAAGUUACAGAUGUAUAUGUUUCUUUUCUUUUUUUUCCUUUUUUUUUUUGCCAAUACAAAAACAAAUUUGAGGCCUUACUUUAAACCUACUGCACUGGACUUGCAGUUUUCCGAGCCCCCUCCCCCCCGCCCCCAAACAUAACCACCAGGAGGGACUCCUUUUCAAUCAAUACUACUGACUCUUUAUAAAGCAGGGGGGCUCUUGUUUUCUUGACAUCAAAUCUUUUUUUUUUGAAUGCCACACAAGUAGUUGAAUUAAGGAAAAGCAAACAAUCUCUCGUCUCCGUAAGCGGCGGCGUUAACCCUGCAGAUUAUUUACAAAACGGCUGUUAACAACAUGAUGGGAUAUUUUUUUUUCAUUUUUGUGUUUCCUGUGCGACGCCGUCGACAGUGCUGUCCUCCAUUGACGCGACGCUACAAGGGGAAAGAGAGCAAUUGCCUUGUUGUUAUUUCAUUUGCGCUGCCGGUCUGUUGUCUUCGGUAUGCUUUCUAACAUUCCUGUUCAGGGUAACACUACUGUGCCUACAAGUGUUGAUAAUGGGAGCUUACGUUUAUUUUGACGGUUUCAGGAGAUAUUCAGCAUGAUAUUAUAGAUAUGUAUCUAUAUUUUUUAAAAGUCUACUGACAUGCCUAGUCAAAUUCAUAUAUAUAUAUAUAUAUAGAGGGCCUCUUUAUCUUUCCCCUCCGUGAUCAAGCGUUUGCAAGCUUGAGUCGCACACUCGUCUCGCUCGUUCGGAGCGUCCCUCACGUGAGGGUUGUUCAAUAUUAAUGCUUCGCUUCUCACCAGAAGAUGCAGCAUAAAGAGCAUCCCUGUGUGAGAACCCACUUGUAAAGAGGACAGAAGAGACAAGGAAGAGGUGGAUUUGGAAGAGUGUGGAUGGGGGGGGGGGGCUUUUUUUUCUACGACAAGGUUGCUGACCAAGACUUUGGUGAAAUAAUUGAGAAAUAAAAAGUGCAAUCUGAGAAUUAUCAUCUCUGCACCUCGCUCUCAAAUAUAUUUUUUUUAAUUUAGCCGAUUUCCUCCUCUAUUAUUUUUUUUAGUCCCAUCAUUCCUUUAUUCUCUCUCUCCUCCCUACCUACAUUUUGCCUCCAGCAGUUCCUCAUUUAAAGGAAAUUUAAAGCCAAGCUUUUUUUCCCCAGCUUUUGUCACAAAGUCAGUCCCGGCAUUCCAUGAUAAUUUGUCUUUCCCUUUUUUGAGUGUGUGUGUGUGUGUGUGUGUUUCUUUGUGUGUUUGUCUGUCUUUGAAUCUACUGUACAUCUCUUACCCCAAGGACCAAGUAUAAAGCUUAACUGGAAACACACAUGACAGCACGCCGCUGGUCUAAAACACUCCCCUCUGGCUCUCAGACUUCAACAGAUGGUUUCCUGUUGGAGGCUUCUGCAGACGAGUGAUUACUGAGCUGACUGUAAGAGGAGAAAGAGAGGGAGAAAGAGGUUGGUUUGUGCACAGUGCAAUUCCUGGUUCACUGACAGCAUUUGCAACAACACAACUGUGAUGCUGCGCUCGCUCGAGGCCAGCGGUUCCCAACUCCAGUCCUCGGGUAAAACCCCGGUGCUGCUGGUUUUCUACUCUGCGGGGUUGUUCAGCCAUUCCAGGCCUUACACUUCCCCGAUGAGACCUGGCACAGCAGAUAAUAAUCGUACCAAGGGCUCCCGAGUUCCAGAGUUAGGAACCACUGCUUCAAGCUGUUCCUAGAUUGAUAACCAGUUGGACCCCAGAGGCUAGCGUGGCCCUUAGCACAGCUAGCUAGCUAGGCACAGCCCUAGACAAGGCUUCUUCACACUGCAGGACGAGCAAAACAUGUCCACAAUUUAGCCUUUGGAAAAGUGCUGCAGUAUGAAGAGAGGGCUUUGUUAUCCCUGCAUGAACUUUCACGGCUAGCCCCGAGAUGAGAGUUUUCAAUAUGGAAAGAAAGCACUGUUGUAAAGAAAAGAAAAAUCAUAAUUUUAAGAAGUCAGGUCAUCUCCAUGCCCAGUCGCUUCUAAGAGCUAAGAUAUGUAUUUAGCAUCCCCCCUACACAUGCGCAAACACAUACUCGCACUUUCCCCGUGGAAGUGCAUAAUCUUAAUGAACUGUUCAAGACAGACCCAGCCCUGCAUGUGGCUUUAAAAAUGCACUGACUAUCACAGCGAAGUCCUCCCCUCUUCCUGUGCUGGAAUUUGUGAGACCCGCAACCUUGCAGAGAGAACGUUUUAGUGAGAAUAUAGCAAGCUGUAUAUAAACCCCUCAGUGAAAUGUUCCACGACAGGCAACGCUGACCUUCUCCGUAUACUACUUAAGUCAUUACAGGUUCGUCUUUUUAACACCUACAGUAUACACUAUACUCACAAAUGUCUUGUCCAGGAAGGCGAUAUCCUGCUUCGCUUUAAAGUUUCUCUGGUCUUCUGGAAUCACUCCAUCAUCGCCACUGAAAGGGAUUGAGUUUCUGGACAAUGGGUGUGUGUGUGUGUGUGCGCGUGCAUGCGUUUGCAUGUGCACUCGGGCGUGCACAUGCAAACGAAACCGUUAAAACCAGGAUUUUUAAGUGCAGAGCCCGAGUCGCCUUAAUCCAGUUCAAGGACCGCACCCCUGUAUUGGAACGGUGGCGCUUAACGAGAACGUCUUAAUUCCCAUGUCCACCUCUUCUGCUACGCACGCGGCUCCUGGAGCUCCAGCUAUGAUGUAAUCACACCAACUGUAGAGGACUUGGGAGAGGGGGGCGGGGGGGGGUGUCUCGGUUGUUGUUAAUUUCCGUGUUAUGUACAUUCCAUUAUCUGAUGGCGAGAAGAGAUCUGUGCACAUUCAGUAGCAUCUUUCCAAGUGAUUUUGUUUACACGUGCUGUACCAUUGCAUGAGCUGAGAUCUUUCCAAUACGAAUAAAUAUCAUCUCUAUUUA